AUGCGAGUCUUCGAUGCUUACCAGGCAGGAAGCCGCAUCGAUGGAUACAAAGCUUUUCCAUUGGAAGGUUGUCAUGGAUUACUUCCGUCUCCAUUGGAGCAAAUUUUACUCCAAAAGCCUGCCACCCAGCUCUUCAUGGCAAAAUGCUGCCAUUGGCCAUUUAAGCUCCCUUUUGUCGUCCGGGAAAGUCAUGCCAGGGGGGAAAAAGAAAGCAGGAAUGAAGCGCCAAUAAUGCACUAUCAAACACGCCCGAUCAUUUCCUCAAGGGUCCUAGCCUCGGGGAUCCUGAUUCCAAUUACGGAUUCUUCUGAAAGCCCCAUCGAGAUGCGGUCCAAAAGCUUGAAAAAUGCCAAUAGCCAUGCAAACGGUAAGAAGAGGGAAAUAGAUUCCAUCGAUUUUGACCGGCAAAACCCAACGUCGCCAGAUCCGGUUCGAAUUUCUCGCCUUUCAACGCUAACCAAUUCUGCGCUUGUCAUAUCUCCAGAUGGGUUGAUCGUUUCCAGUGGAAAUGCAUCACAUGGCUGUUUUUCAGGAACUUGGUACUAUGAGGUGACCAUUUUGCCCUCUCCCGAAAAGACAACAAAUGUCAGAGUAGGGUGGGCUCAGGGCCUUUCGGAUCUCCAUUCGCCGGUCGGGUUUGAUGAAUUUGGAUAUGCUUUUGGAGACGUAAAAAGCAUUCUGUUCCACACAGGCCGUCCUUUAAAUACGUUCGUCAAUAUGCCGGUUACGCCAAAGGAUGCCAUUUUUACAAUUGGAAUGUUGAUCCAUUUGCCACUACCAUCCAACGACGAAUCGGAUUACGAUGAGCACAAACUGCGCCAAUUUCAGCAGCUUUUCCCGCCUAGGCAGCUCACAGAUGCAUACCUAAUCAAACACAAGCUCCUCGGAAAUUCGUACUUGGAAUUCUUCAUCAACGGGGUUUCCAUUGGCAGGGGUGGAGAGGCCUUUGGCUUGUAUAGGGGCAAGUAUUAUCCUGCCGUUUCUGUUUUCAAUGGAAGCGUUUCCGUAAAUUUUGGCCAAGCUAAAUUUGCGACCGAUUUUUCAACCGAUCCUCGCGCCAUAAGACCCGUUUCCGAGCUGUGUGGACUUUCUGAGCCUUUUGACUUUGAGACAAGUCGGUUCAUUGGGUGA